CUAACUCUCUCCUCUGUGAGGCAGCCAUGACAGUGCCCAGUGCUGAGAGCCACUGGGCACUUGGCCCCUGAAUGCCUAGAUGCAGAGAUGACUGGUCCCCUCGUGCUAAGGAGAUUUAGGUCAUGUUGAGCUCUGCAUGUUCUCUGUGGGACAUCGGCUAUCCUUUAUGUACCUAUAGCUCCAUCUUCAUCAUUUUUCUAAUUGCCUGGCAAAUAAGACGGAGUUACCAGGGAUUGAGUUUGGAACCUAAAAAGAGCUGCUGCCGGCGUCACCGAAAAGUCAGGCAGAGGGCUAGAGAUGCAGCAUCAAGAGGUAAAGGCCCAGUGUCUCCCGACUCCCCGCCCCCGGGAGAGCUCCCACCGCCUCUACCCAACUUCGAGUUCCACUGCCAAGAGCCAGCCAGGAGACUUUCCCGAGAAGAAGCUGAGAAGCCCUGGGAGCUGCUCACUAUCAUGAAAAGCCAAAGCUGGCUCCCCAAGGAGGAACAUGUGCGGCAGCUCCUGUGUGUCGACCCCUGCUGCCACAUCUGUGAUGCUGCAUCUCUAGAGAUCCAGCAGCUGCUGCAGAGUGAGAGAACCCAGACCUCCCCUGCUUUGUCGGGGCUGCCCCCGGGCUCUUCUUGCCUGGAGAUGUUGCCCAUAUCCAGAGUGUCUUUUGAGCAGAACGUGGAGCAUCGUCCCAGGCACUCCAGACGUCUUCCACCAGCAUCUGGGACUCCAAUACUAGCACACCUGACAGAACACUUAACACAGUCGACCAGUGCAGUUGCUGUCCGACAAUGCUGGGCUGAUCAUCCCCAGCUAGAUCAGAAAUUUCCUCUGGCAGACAUGCCCAUGAUUUCAGAGACUAUGGCUUCUUCGAGGAUCAAGGAGCCUGUGGUUUUAAUGAUUGAGGAAAAACUAACGCAAAACGAAUCAAAGUUUGACCAGGAGAGCCAAGACCGCCAUCACUUGAAGUCCUCUGUGUCUUUACUACCCCUGAACCCAAAGACCACUAACUUGACACAUACCAUGUCCUUGCAUAUGAGCUCAGUAUUGCCUUCCCAGGUGCCAUUACUCAGCCCUAAAGUCCGAAGGAUUCUUGAACUACAUGUAAAAAAAUGGAUACAUUUCCAGAAGUGGGGCCUCCCAAGACGUGUGGAGGAGUCCCUGAAGCAGCUUAUGCCAGACCGGACAUUAUUGUGUCAAUCUAGAAAAAAUACGCUCUCUUCCAUUCUGAGCAGUGGUUCUGAGAUCACUAUGGACAGAACUGGGACCAUUUCCUGCCAGACCAAUAGACUGUAUUUGACAGACCAGCCCACCCAAACCUGCUGGGUUUCUGAAUGGUCUUUUAUAAACCUGAAACAAAGAAAGCCCUGGCAACAAAUCUGCACUUACUUGUCCUCUCAUGAACUUGAACACCUAAGUGGCUUCUAUCCACCCCGCAAGGCACAAGCUAAUGACACAGAGAGCAAUCUUCAGAGUGACUAUCGUGGCCAAUUAUUCUGUGGCCUUCCAUCUCUUCACAGUGAGUCCCUGGAUGUUACUUCCUUGAGCUCUCAAGGUGUCUCCAAGAACAUAUCCAAGUCCUCUUCCAUGGAUUGCCAGCCCACAAGGGAGCUCUCACUCCCUUUCUUGCCCAAAACUCCGUGUAAGUCAGUCCCUUCGUCUUCCUCAGCCUCUCCAAAUGCGAAGACUCCCCAUGAGCAAGAAAGAGCACAGAUCAGUGUCCCGUUUCUGACUCUGGCUGAGUGUGAGGCAUUGGAAUGCCACCUCCUAGAGAGGCAGGUGAAGCUUCAGUGGGGCCUGCCAGCUGUCUUCCUGAGAAAACGGUACACCUGGAGCCACACGCUGUGUGAACCACACAGUAAAGCUAAAACUAUAAAAACUUACUGGCCAAGGAAACCCUUCUCAUAUCCCACCAGGGAGUUCUCCUUCCCAGAGCAUGUGCACAGGCUGCUGGAAUUCCACCUCCAGAAGCAGCUGAUUCACCUUCGCUGGGGCCUGCCCCAGAGAAUCCAACGCUCCAUUCACUCACUACUCUCCUCUACCGACCAACAGUUCCAGUCCUGCAGCAGCAGGGCGCUACCCAAUGUGAGCAUCCCACAGCCAGGCCACCCAGAGGCUGAUGGGUCUGGUGACAUGUUUGCGCUUGCAGUGGACAAAGGGUCAAUUUCCACGCCACGCUUGUUUUCCCAGACAAAGGCAAUGUUGAAGAACCAUAUUGAUUCCAAAUGUGGACAGAUCCACCAGGGCAAGGUCCCGGCCCAAGUCUGGAGCUCUUGGGAACGCAAAAUUCCUGGAACCCUGGCAGUAGUGACUCCCUUCUCUUCAAUCCCACAAGGCCAACACCUGGAACUACAAGCAGAAAGUAAAAGCAACCCUGACCUACAUCGCAAAGUUGUUCCUCUGGAACCAGGGGCCUUCGACCAGGAGAAGCGGGCUUCAUCGGGUACUCUCGUUGAACACUGCAAGCGGCCCCACGCUCUGUCUAAGGAAAUGAUUAAGAAGCUGGAGACAACUUUACAGCAUAAGUAUCUGGCCUUCCUGUCAGGCCUGCCCGCCCUUUACUGUGUGGCUCUCUCGAGGCCCAUAUCCCCAACAGUCACUAGCCAACCUAGAACAACAGAGAUGAUGUCCAGGCCUGUCAAAAGCUCACCAGAUCCUCGGACUCAGCUGACCUCACUUGAAGGUCCAUUUGAGCCUUGUACUCGAGAUGACAAAGAGGCUUCUGUGGACACUACAGGAGAGGUCCAGCCUGACGUGCAGAUGGAAGGAAGGACAGAGAAGGUGCCUCUAGAUAGCCAGACUCAUGACAGUGCCCGCUCGUUAAACUCACAUAUCUUGGCGAAACUGAAUUUCCACCUGAAAAAAAAGGUCCUAGCAAUGCAAUUUGGAAUUUCUGAGAAGGAAAGGGAGGACAAAGAGCCAGCUCUAACCAGCCCAGAGAGUGAAUCCAUGCAGGAGCCUGUCAGGAGUCUAGGUAUCCCAGAAGGCACCGAGCUCCAGAAACUGCCCGGCUCAAGUGACUCUCCUCCAGCCCCAGACGCAAACAGGGUCCACCUUAAAAAACAGCCAGCCACUGCAGGGCAGCCUGUGUGCCACAAGCCAAGCCAACCUAGUUCCAGAACAGUGCCCCAUGGUUCUGCCCAGUGGGGCUCCAAGGCCUCAAAAUUCAGGAAUAAGAUGGAGUCCCAAGUGUACUGUAUUCAGAUGGAGACCAGUGGGGACGAGCCCAGCCUAGAGAAACCCUUUAGCACUGAGCCUCAAGGCAAGAGCAAGUCCUCAGCCCACGUCCCCACGCUGACAGAAAAGAGUGAAGAGCCAGGGAAACCCAAGGCAGUGGGGGACCUUGGAGAGAGGGAUGCAGAUCUUGGGCUUUCCCCGACCAGUGAAAAAACGCACCAUGAUGGAGAUGAGGAGCCAGAAAAAGGGCCUCUGCACAGGACACCCCAAGGCUCCUCACAGCAGAGGCAGAGUUCUCAUCUUGAGAAUUCCCGUCUGCCCAGCCCCCAGGAGCCCCCUGACCUUGAGUUCCCAGAGCCACCUCCAAAAGUCUUGGUGGAGAGAGAGCCUGAACAUGACAUGCAAGACAGUCAAGCCAAGGUAAAUGUCAGCCCAAAGCCUGCAAAGGUUGCUAAGGUCCCCCAGCCUGUGGCCUCCCAGGCUUCCCGGGGCCUUCCUUUCCCUCGCCCACCAACUCAGGGAAAGCCUUUUGGGGGCCAAACUCGGCAAGACCACAUUUCAGAGGGGCAGGUGAUGCCAAUUUCUCCUCAUGCUAGCCCCAGCCUUCCAGAGGCUGGCUUGAAAACUAAGAUGAAAUCCUUUUUUUAUGCAAUUAACCCCAAGAUAAAAGGCAAAACACAUGUGGAACCCAUGGUCUCAAUACCUGGAAAAGCGGCUAAAACCAGUAAAGAAAAUGUUGACAAGGGUCUGCCUCAAGCCAAAAGCCCCACCAAGAAAACUAAGACAGAGAACUGCAGAGGGCCCAAGGCCCAGUCUGUGCCCUCUGAGAAGUCAGUGAUCGCAUCCUUCUUAACUGCUCCCCACAUUUCAGACAGUAAGCUCCGGCCAGGCCCUCGACAGUUUGGCUCUGUCUCAGCACCAGGCCGGCCCCGACAUUGUCCUCGGCACUGUCCUCAAUUGGCUUAUGCCAUUCAAUACAGAAACCCACCCUAGGUCCCCAGGUUCCCCUCGGAAAUGUUGUUCUGCCAAUGGAGACCACGGAGGGUGAGGGCAGCCUCUAGGCUCCCCCUCCUCUGUAUCCUUUAAAGAGCACUAGCACUGUCAUUUUCUUUAAUGAACAGGUGGGGAGUGCACCCCCCAAAAUAUAUUCUCUCUGUCUA